UUGAAUUAGGACCCAAAUUCUUGAUGUCCAGUCGCGCAUCAUACUAAAAUCGUCAGCAGUGUACAAAUAGUCUGUCGCUGAAUAUAUUUCAGUUUAUGUGAUGUAUUUGAAAGGACAAGGCUUCACUUUCAGGGUGCUUUCCUUUGGUUUUGCGUCUGUUCUUUUGUUCACAUGGUUUCAUUGCCGGGCUGUUGCAGACGAAGAAACAAAAGUCGUCGAUAUGCGAGGUAAACCUCUAAGCCGAGGCACAGGUGAAGGAAUACCUUAUGCCAACUUUAAGACACACAAGUUUUCCUACCUCAACAUCACUACUAUUGGCUCGGAUUAUGUUGGAAAGGGCAGCGAGUGUGGAUUUGCUUGUGUCAACCUUCCGUCGUGUUUUUCGUUUAACCUGGCUGCAUUUCAUGAUAUGAAUGGCAAAGUUCUGUGUGAAUUACUUCCAUCGGAUUUGUACAACAACUCAGACAAGCUUGUCCCUAGUCAGAGUCACCAUCACUAUAGUAUCGCAUCUCCAUGUUUUAAAUGGCCUUGUCAGAACAAUGGGAAAUGUGCGGCACAGUACGAGAAGAACAGUUACGUGUGCGUUUGCGCGAAAGGAUACACAGGGGAACAUUGCGAAACGGAUAUGGACGAGUGCAGUGCUUCCAUCUGGCCUUGUGACGUUAAUGCAAACUGCCAGAACACCUAUGGCUCCCACAAGUGUUCCUGUAAAAGUGGAUUUUAUGGAAAUGGAAAAACAUGUAUACAUAGCGGCUGGACUCUUAUCGCUCGAUUCUCAAACAGCGAUGGCAAAAAUUGGAUGCGUGACGAUGGUAGAUGGUGGUAUGACCAACAAAUUGCCAUUGGAGCGACAAACAACUCUUCAAAGAACGACGAUAUGAUUUCAACAGCCUUUUGGUCGGUCAGCGGCAGAGAAAUAAAGAUCACGCGCAGUGACGACCCCAGCCACAUCCCUCUGUUACAGACCACAGGUAACUGUUUGGGUGGACAAACAUUUCGAUCUAAAAUCACAAUUUAUGGCGACUUUAGAAAUGGCACGGUUUGGGCCGACGAUCAGUGUCUGGGAAAUUGUACAGUUCAAUACGGCGGACAUUACAAGUCAACAGACGGGUUCCAACAGGCUGAGUGCGGUGGAAGCAUCCAAAGUGCUAACAAGAUCGGCUUCUGGUGUGACUGGGAUGCUGGGGAUGGAGCAGUGAUGAUGAUUGGAGGAGGAGGAAGUAGCUGUGCACGUGCUGAUCAUGGGAUUGGGAUCACAGAAACUAACGAAGCUUCUUUUGUUGACCUGGGAAGCACUGCUACUGAAUAUGACUUUGGUUAUGAUGCUCAAACAAAUAACGCUCCAACCCAGUCUUACUCGUUGAAUUUGUGGAUCCGUUAGGAAUUACAAGUUACUUCUUUUCCGCUGAUAAUUUUGCGCAAAACUGAUGAACUUUGGGAUACAUAAUAGCUCCAAAGGAUAUAAAAAGAAAUACAGUAACUUUAUUUAGUCCAUGGUAUAAAAUCAGGAUUGAUAAAAUAGUCAAAAUGCAGUUAACAUUCUUCAACAAACUGUAGCUAAAACAAAUGUUAACAUUCCUGAGAAUAUCAGUUAAUACUUAAAAGUCCCUGAUUUCCAUGAACGCGGUGCAUUUAAUGGAUUAUAGAUUUUCUCGCACGAUAUUGCUGCAGCUGGAAUUAUGGAGGAGAGAGUUUAUGCUUGCUGCAGCUUAACAGGCAAACUAUUCCCCAAUACUGAACCCCUAAAAAUGAGGCAGUGUUUGACGAAGUGUUCUCGGGGCAGUAGUGGAGCUUAUUUGCCCUCAGGGUUCCUCACAGAAUAGUGAGAGAUUUCACUUCGCAAAGAGAGUGUAGACCAUGGCUGCAAUUUUCAAGUUUCCGCUGGCAAUAUGCAGGGCAUUUGUUUCAAUUUCCCCAAAACGAUACCGCAGUACCACAAUAACACUUUUUUAUGGCGUAUUUAAAAUAUUAAAGCCCUUCAAAUGAAACCUAACGCCAAAUUCUCGUCAGAAGGUACCGAUGCCAGAACAACAAAGUCUCUUCCUUAUUUAACCUUGGAGAUUUAGUAAGUGCAACUUGUUUCAUAGCGGCAUUAUCAAUAAUAUGGGAAGGAGCUGUACUA